AUGGGCCAAUCCUUUCAAGACUCUCGUCGUUAUGCCUCCCUGUUCGAGAACCCCAAAGGGCCCGGAGAUGCCCGGCCCACCGCGCUGCAGAUUAUUAGAGACAACGAUUCGAUCGGCAAGCUGACCGGCAAGACUGUCCUCUUGACUGGAGGCUCGAACGGUCUGGGAAUUGACGAAGUGCGAAACCUCGCAAGGACCGGAGCCAAAGUCUUCUUCACUUCCCGCGACCAUGCCAAGGGCGAGAGAGUCCGAGAUGAAUUGUUGCAAGAGCUAAAGAAGGAAAGUCUGCCCCAGGAGCCAGCAAUUGAGGUGAUCAAGCUUGAUCUUGAGAGCGUUGAGAGCAUCAAGAAUGGAGCCGAAGAGUUCAAGAGCAAGAGCGACCAGCUUCAUAUCCUGGUUAACAAUGCAGGCAUUGCCAAUUCGCCGUUCCGGCUCGUCGAAGGCUACGAAAGCCAGCUUUGGGUGGAUCACCUGGCCCAUUUCUACCUCUUCCACCUCCUGAAACCACUCCUGCUCAAGUCGACGACUCCCAGCUUCAACAGCCGCGUCGUCUCCGUCGCCAGCCUCGCGCACACUAUGGCUCCAAUGCAUCUCGGCGACUACAAUUUCGAAGAACGGGAGUAUGACGAGUUCGUCGCUUACGCACGAGCAAAGACUGCUAAUAUCUGGUUCGCCAACGAGCUCGACCGCAGAUAUGGAUCGCAAGGCCUCCACGCUAUCAGCGUCCAUCCAGGCGGGAUCAGAACCGGGCUCCAGAACAGCCAUAGCGAGAAAGCGGCAGCGAUGAUCGAGCAGUAUCUGCAGAUGCCGCACAUCCAAGACGGAAUGAUGAGCGUGGAGCAAGGGUCUGCGUCGAUUGUGCUGGCUGCUGUUGGGAAGGAGUAUGAGGGUGUCGGUGGCUUCUAUAUGGAGAACUGCGGCGUGUCGCGUCCGGUGCCAGAAGAUGCUCCAUUGGGUACGCCAGGAUAUAAGCCGUGGGCGUAUGAUAAGGAGGGCGAGCAGCAGCUGUGGAAGGACUCGCUGGACAUGCUGAAGCUGGAAGACGACUAG